GAUUAUAGGAGGCCAAAACCUAGCUGGCAAGGGAUUAUAUAAUGUAUGUAGAGAUGGCAUGUAUCCGUGCAGCAAUUGCAUUCUGCAAGUACACGGUAGAAGAUGGAGACACUUAAGAUUAGAAGUUUAUGGGUUCUUUUGUUUCUGGCAAUGGCAGUUGUUGACCUCAGAGGUGAUGAUGAAGCUAGAAAUAGUACCACUCAAGUUAAUGUCACUUCCUUUGAUUUUCCUGAGCUUCCUUCACAUAAUAGUGUGCAAGGAAGUCAUAACAACACUACUUCCACUGCUGCAAUUAUGCAUGAGAACAAGAAUAGAUACAGUGGGUACUACAGAAGAGGAGGAGGUGAUGGUGGAGGAGGUGGGGGCGGAGGUGGGGGAGGUGGAGGUGGAGGUGGAGGUGGAGGCAGUUUUGGAUGGGGAUGGGGUGGAGGUGGAGGGGGUGGUGGUUGGUAUAAAUGGGGAUGUGGUGGCAAAGGGAAAGGAGGAGGAGGAGGAGGAAACGAAAACUUUGUGUUGGGAGAGUUCGCGCAAUGCAUGGGAAGAGGGAGGUGUAGAGGAAUGAGAUUGGAUUGCCCUCUUCACUGUGGUGGACCUUGCUUUUAUGACUGUCAACAUAUGUGCAAGGCUCAUUGUCGACGACGUUCUUGAUUAAUUGGCUCAUUGAUUCUCUUUCUUUAACCAUUUUUCAUUUCCCAUUGCUGAUUUAUGGAAGAGUUCCCCUUUGAGUUUUCUUGGAUUGGAUUAGAUUAGAUUUUUUUUUUCUUUUUUUGAGAUGAGUACUGAAUUUUUUGAGGGUUGGGUUAGAUUGAUUGCUACUCUAAUACAGGAGGUGAGUAAUAUUUUUUUUUAUUGUGAUUAUCAUUGGGUGGAGACUCUUUAUCGUGAUUGCUA